CUUCUCCUGACCAAUCCAGACUCUGACAGCCUCACACAGCAGAGCCUGUCUGACGGAGAGGAGCAGCUGGACCGCCUCCAGCAGGCCGAGCUCACCAGAAACACAUGCAUGUCGCAGUGGAGGGCAGGUGCAGUGCAGGCCUGGCUGGAGGUUGUCAUGGGGAUGCCCAUGUACAUCCGAGCCUGCUCUGAAAACGUCAAAAGUGGCAAGGUGCUGCUAGGCCUGACAGAUGAGGACUUGGAGCUGGGUCUGGGUAUCAGUAACCCAAUUCAUCGCAGAAAACUGAGGCUGGCCAUUGAGGACUACAGGAGAGCUGAAGGAGACCAAGGGCUAUCCAAAGCGUCUGAGUUGGACCAUCACUGGGUUGCCACAUCGUGGCUGAAUGACGUGGGAUUGCCUCAGUACUCGCAGCCCUUUCAGACCCAUCUGGUGGACGGCCGGGUGCUGAACUCUCUGAGCCGCAGAGACCUGGAGAGAUUACUCAACAUCAGUGACCAGUUCCACCAAACCAGUCUCCUCCUGGCUAUCCAGCUCUUGCAGAUACUCAACUUUGAUAAAGAGGCCCUGCAGGCACAGCGGGCAAAAUGUGAGGACCAAGACCGAGAGCCCAUUGUUUGGACGAGUCACAGAGUAAUGAAGUGGAUCAGAGACAUAGACCUCAAGGAGUUUGCAGACAAUCUUCAGGGUAAAGGGAUUCAUGGAGCUGUGAUGGUUCUGGACCCGUCCUUUGACUCAAACGCCAUGGCAAAAGCUAUUGGGAUCCCCAGCAACAAGCACAUGCUGCAUCGGCACCUGUACGAAGAGAUGAAAUCACUCGCCGUCCCUAACAGCAGUGCAGAGCAGGGCAGUGAAGUGAUCACUUCUUCCUCACCUGUGGCUGUAAAGCGCUUUGCUGAGGAGAGGGUGUCGAUGAGAAGAUCAGGCAAGAGUCCGCUGAGGUUACGUGCUAGCAGCCACUCUGUGGAGCGCGGUCUGGGCUUCCACGGCGGCUGCGGCUCCCCGCCCCGAGAGGCCCGGGUCCAGGCCGUCCCGCGGGCCAGAGGCAGCCCCAUGCACACCUUCAAGAGUGUAGAAAUCACCAACGUGUGAUCAGCCAUCCAGAUCGCUCACACUGUUACCAUUGUUUACAUUGUUAUUGUAUUAUAGUUGUUUUCUACUGAGAGUGACCUACACUCGGCAUCGUUGGACUUUAAAGAUGAAGUCUUAAAGGGAUGUACCCCUUAAUAAUUCCAAUAUAUUAUUAUUUUGUCCAAUAUAAAAACAAAACUUGAAUAGAAACAAAGAUCAUUUUGACCUGAUAAUUGUAAAUAUAAGGAAGAGGGAGAUAAUUUAGUUUGUUGGAUUUCCAACUAAAUGUCCGGAUGAGUUUCUUAUGACAAGUUUAUAGAAGGCUUACAUUUUGAAUAACCUCCAGAAAUAGCUGAAAAAAGUGUUGUUCUUCUUUGAUGCCUUAUACAAACAGGUCUCACAGCACUGUUGUGUCCUGCUCUAACUACUUCUUACAUUAAAUGAAAAAUAAUACGUGAGAUGUAGGAAAAAAAGUCAUAACAUAUUUUACGGUAGAGAUACAUAUCCUCUGUUAUUCUUCUGAGGAGACAUGAACUGUGUGCACUGUGCAGUCAGAAGCCCUACACUGAGGCGUUAUCUGUAAUGUUAUUAAUACUGCAACAAAUAGUAGUCAAUUUUUUAUAUUUUGGAAAGUUAAAACUGGUAAAAAUCCAUAUUUUUCUUACAGUUACAGUAUGUUUUCAUUUAAUUAAAGAACAGCUUCCUUUUGGUUUCCAUUGAAUGUAAAUGUUUUGAAAUUUGUAUUGAAAGAACAUCCCACAGUAUAGAUGAAACACACUGUUGAAUGUUGAGUUAUGAAAGUGAUAAUGUGUAAAGAUUUAAGCAAUUGAUACUUGUUUAUACUGUAUAAGCACUGAAGAAAGGGAAUUCUGUGACUUAUAUUAUAAAGUAAAUAGAGAGAAUGUAAUGGUAUAUUUUGUAAGGUUUAAUCAUGUUUUACAACACACAGUAAAGUUUCUUCCUGAGCAUGAAAACACACGUGUGAGAUAUACAAAUAGAAAACAGGUUUUCUGUGACUUUCUGGGCAACUGGUUUAUUAACCAAGGGCACACUUGUAUAAGCGGGAAGAUUAGACCAGUUCAAACCUGUAUGGAAACAGAAGGGAAGGCAAAUGGUGUUUGCUAUGAUGUUUAGCUUCCCCAGCUGUCAGAGAUUUCAUGUACGUCGACAUUAAAGCUGAAAUGAUGGUCAACUU